GUCACAGAGAAAGAGAUCUUCUCUGCGGCCGUUUUCUUUGCAGUAUUGAACGGCACUUCCAGUUCGGAAUGAACGAUUUAUCCCAUUCUGUUUACAUUCUAGUCAAUAUCUGUUUUCAAAUCUAGCAAAUUCGGACUUUUCACACAACGUUAUUGAAAAAUGCUGCAGAUUCAGCUUCUGAUAGAAAGAAUGCCUGCAGAAGAUUGGCAACAGCUUUGGAACUAAAAAUAAUAUUGUAAAAUGUACCUAAAAAACAAGACUGUAGAAAAAGAUGAAGAUUUUGACUGAAAAUUUGUUUACAGAUGUAGACACUUCUGCAGAUGACAUUAUUGCUUUGCUUUAUUCUAUCGUCUUUUGAAACAACUUUUGUGAGAUCCAAUUCUAUCAGAUUUUAACUUCUAAAAUAAAGCUCAUCCUGUUUUAUGAUGAAGAACCUCUCUGAAAAAUAUGUAUAAAAAGAAUUUUAAAACUAUAAUAUUAUCACUAUGGAUGCAUCCAAAUCAUAAUCCUUCAUUUCACUCGUGGGUGUUUUCUAGCCAGCAUUUAUGCAAUUCACUUCCAUUCAUUCUGUUUUUAUGAAGAAAGUAAUUUGUCAGGCCAUUGAUGAAAUUUCAGUCACAGAUGACUUUUGAGGAUAGGAGCAUGCAGUGAAGGAAUAAAGUGUCUACUUCAAAAGAAAGUAGAAUGUAGUUCUUAUUAUGUACGAAUGAAAAGCAUUGCCUAAUGGGCGAUUACAACUCAUGCGACUUUACCACAUUUUUUUUAAAGUAAAAAUUUGUUCAGAAAAAAGAGGAUGGAGGUUUCUGUCAAGACGAAUGAAGCAAAUUUAGUUAGCGAUCCGCCCCAUGACGCAUGUGGCAUUGAUACAAAUAUUCACAUUCAAACUCGGACAAAUCAGAAUCCCAAAUGCGAUUUAUGUGGUGAAUUUUUCUUUGGGAAAAGUUGUUCAUGUGAAUCCGUUCGUAAUGAUGCCGUGGAAAAACCCUAUUCGUGCGAUACAUGUGGCAGAAAAUUUUCUAAAGAAGGUUAUUUGAAUAAGCAUUCAAGAUGUCACACUAAUGAAAAACUCUUUUCUUGUGAUAAGUGUGGAAAAAACUUUUCCCACAAACAUCGCUUAAAUUAUCAUUAUCGGCUUCAUUCGAACGAGAAACCCUUUUCCUGUGAUAUGUGCGGUAAAUUAUUUCUUCAGAAAAGUAAUUUGAAUCAACAUAAACGCAUUCACUCAGGUGAUAGACCUUAUUCUUGUGACACAUGCAGUAAAGCUUUUUCUACAAAACAGUAUUUAAAAAGGCAUUAUCGAACUCAUACGAAUGAAAAGCCAUAUUCUUGUAUUGUAUGUGAAAAAAGGUUUUCUUUGAAACAGUGUCUGAACAGCCAUUACCGUAGCCAUACUAAUGAAAAACCUUAUUCUUGUGAAAUUUGCAAUAAACAACUUUCUCAUAAACAGUCUUUAAGAGGACAUUAUCUAACUCAUAAAAAUGAAAAGCCCUAUUCUUGUGAUGUAUGCAAUCUGAGGUUUAAUUCUAAAGGUCAAUUGAAAGAGCAUUAUCGAAGACAUACAGAUGAAAAACCAAUUUCUUAAGUUUCAGCAUUAUCGAGUUCAUAAAAAUGAAAAGCCCUAUUCUUGUGAUGUAUGUAAUAAAAAUUUUACUUGUAAAUGUAAUUGGAAUUAAGAAGUCAUUAUAAAUGUCAUUGGAAUGCAAUUGAUGUCAUACAAAUGGGAAACUCAUUUCUUAACGUUACUUUAAGGAAAAAUUGUCUUCGAAAAAUAAUUUAAUUAAGCAUGUUAAAUCUCAAAUUUUU